AUGUCUCUCUUGGUCGACAAAUAUAGGCCUCGCAGCUUAGAGACCCUUACAUAUCACCAGGAUCUUUCGAAUCGACUAAAGAGCCUUGCAAACAGCCCCGACUUCCCCCACCUUCUUGUAUAUGGACCCAGUGGCGCCGGUAAAAAGACUCGCAUAAUCGCCACUUUGCGCGCUCUCUAUGGUCCCGGCGUCGAGAAGAUCAAAAUCGACUCCCGCGUUUUCCAAACGACCUCUAACCGGAAACUCGAGUUCAAUAUCGUCACCUCCAACUACCACCUUGAGAUCACACCGUCUGAUGUCGGGCACUUCGAUCGAGUCGUCAUACAGGAGCUGUUGAAAGAGGUUGCGCAAACGCAACAGGUCGAUACGGCAGCGAAACAGCGAUUUAAAGUCGUGGUCAUCAAUGAAGCCGAUCAUUUGACGCGAGACGCGCAAGCAGCGCUGAGGAGGACGAUGGAGAAGUACUCGCCGAAUCUGCGGUUGAUACUGUUGGCCAAUUCAACGGGCAAUAUCAUUGCGCCGAUUCGGAGUAGGACGUUGUUGGUGAGGGUUGCAGCGCCCACAGAGGACGAAAUUGUGGAGGUUCUGAGGGCAGCGGGCAAGAAGGAGGGAUGGGAUAGUCCGGAAGGAGUGUUGAAGAGAAUUGCGAAGGAUUGUGGGAGGAACUUGAGGAAGGGAUUGUUGAUGUUUGAGGCGGUGCAUGCGCAGAAUGAGAGAGUCACGGAAAAGACGCCUAUCACUCCACCAGAUUGGGAGGCUUUGAUUGCACAGAUUGCGAAUGAGAUUGUGGAAGAGCACACGCCGGCGAGGAUAUUGCAGGUGAGAGCAAAGCUGUACGAUUUGCUCAGCCACUGCAUUCCUCCUACAACUAUUUUGAAGACCUUGACAUUCAAACUCAUACCGAAGAUUGAUGAUGCGCUGAAGGCAGAUGUGAUCAGAUGGUCAGCUUUUUAUGAGCAUCGGCUACGACUUGGGAGCAAACACAUCUUUCACCUUGAAGCUUUUGUCGCGAAGUUCAUGAGGAUAUUAGAGAGGUAUGCUACCUCGAUAAGUUUUGUUGCAUCCCAGACUAACGAUCCGUAG